AUGGCGGCGGCCUGCAACCACGGCAUGCCGCUGCGCGAAUGCAACCUGCUGAUCAGGACCCUCGCUCAGCGCGGCAGCUUCGACCGCGUCAUGGCGGUGUACCACGACCUCCGCGGGCGCGGCCUCGUGGCCGACAGCUUCACCUACCCGUUCGUGCUCAGGGCCGUCGGCGCGCUCAAGCUACCGGUCGAGGGGCGCAAGGCGCACGCGGUGUCCAUGAAGACCGGCUUCCGGUGGGACGCCUACACGGCCAGCUCGCUGAUGGACAUGUACGCGACGCUGGGCCGCGCGGACGUCACUCGAAAGCUGUUCGACGAAAUGCCGCAGAGGCCGCUGGUGGUGUGGAACAUGAUGAUCAGAUGCUACGUCAGGUGUGGCCGGUACACCGCGGCGAUUUCCCUGGCUGAGGAGAUCGAGAGAAGCGGUCUCACGCCUGACAAGGUGACGCUGGUGACUGCGUUGACCGCGUGCUCCAGGGCCGGUGAACUGAGCUUAGGGAGAAGGAUCCAUGCCUACAUGGAUGGGGUCAUCGGGUUCAGCCUUCCGGUCGCAAAUGCGCUGCUGGAUAUGUACGUGAAGAAUGGCUGCUUGGAAGAGGCGGUGGAUUUGUUCGAACAAAUGCCGUCGAGGAACAUCAUUUCUUGGACUAUACUUGUGUCGGGAUACGCCUUCGCCGGGCAGCUGGACAAGGCGAGAGUACUCUUCUACCAGUGUCCAGAAAAGGAUCUAAUUAUGUGGACUGCGAUGAUCAACGCCUGUGUGCAGCAUGGAUGUUUUGAGGAGGCAUUGUUGUUGUUUCGGGACAUGCAGAUGCAAAGAGUUGAGCCAGACAGGUUCACGGUUGUCACUCUCCUGACUUGCUGCGCCAACCUUGGUGCGCUCGAUCAAGGCGAAUGGAUACACCAGUUGGCUGAAGCUAGGAAGAUGAAGAUUGAUGCGGUUCUUGGUACGGCGUUGGUUGAAAUGUAUGCCAAGUGUGGGCAUGUAGAGAAGUCGGUGGAGGUUUUUCAACGAAUGCAAGGCAGAGACACCACGGCCUGGACUGCCAUUAUCUGCGGUCUGGCCACAAAUGGUCAGGCAGGUAGAGCUCUCGAAUUGUUUGGGGACAUGGAGAGAAGCAAAGCUAAGCCUGACAGUGUUACCUUCAUCGGGGUGCUGAGUGCAUGUUGCCAUGGUGGCUUGGUUGAUGAAGGGCGGAAACAGUUUCGUAGUAUGAAGGAGGUUUACCGGAUACAGCCCAGAGUUGAACAUUACAGUUGCCUUGUCAAUCUUCUAGGUCGUGCUGGUCUACUUGUCGAAGCUGAGAAGUUGAUCAGGGAUAUACCGAUAGACAAGGACGCUAUGCCACUGUUUGGUGCACUCCUCACUGUGUGCAAGGCUCAAGGCAAUGUCGAGAUGAGCGAAAGACUUACCAAACGAAUAGGAGAGCAAGGUUACAAAAUUCCUGAUGUGAAUUUGCUCAUGUCUAAUGUGUAUGCAACAGCAAGUCGAUGGGAGGAUGUAGUAAGAGUAAGGAGGGAGAUGGCACAUCCUACUGUCAAAAAGACUGCAGGGUGCAGCUUGAUUGAGGUGAAGGGAUACUGAGUAUGCCAUGCCAGUUGGCACUUAGACAUCG